AUGUAUCAAGACCGUUGCAUAUUUUUCUCCAAAAUGGGGGCCUGUCGGCAUGGGGACGGCUGCACGAAGGUUCAUGUCCGGCCAACCACCUCGCCGACAGUUCUUUUUCCCUUCAUGUACCCGAACCCCGCGGCUAUUGAGCACAUUCAGGAUAGGGAAUGGAAUUUUCACUUUGAAAGGAAGUAUUUGAGGCGGCAUUUUGAGCACUUUUACAAGGAGACGUGGCGGACGUUUAUGGAACUUGGACGGAUUGCUGAGCUGCGCGUUGUGAGCAACCUCGGAGACCAUUUGCUUGGCAACGUUUAUAUCCGCUUUGAAGAUAGUCACGAUGCCUCUCGCAUCGUACGGGAACUAAAGGCGAAGAAAUUGAACGACAUUGUUCUGUUGCCGGAGCUGAGUCCUGUAACAAACUUUGCUGAGGCUUGCUGUAAGGAGGACCUGGAGGGUAAAUGCGAACGCGGACCGCAGUGUAAUUACCUGCACAUCAUGAAGGUGUCUCGGAAAUUAAUGGAGAAGUUAGAAAAAGAGCAGGCUAAGUUUUGGAAAAAGAAGGAGAAGCACAGCAGCAGCAGCAGUAGCAGUCGCAAGAGGGAACGCUCAAAAGAACGUGGUGGAGAGCGCUCGAAGGAACGCUCGAAGGAGCGCGGGAGGGACAGGCAAAAGUCACCUCGGGGGUAUUCCAGCGACAUGUGCCAUAUUUGUGGAAAAUCUGGUCACAUCUCUCGCGAAUGCCCCUUAAAAUAA